UGAUGAUCCAAAAUGCCUUUCUGUUUCUGCCGGCGUUAUUUUAGCAACGACAACGCCCUAUCCCAGCACAAGACAGCAAAACACCACAUCCAUGGCUGUAUGUACUGCGAUAAGAAACUCAAAACAGCCGAGGGAGUAGAACAACACAUCCUGGCGAUGGGCCAUAUUUCCUGCGAUGGAUGUGGCCAGUUUUUCUCAUCUACUGCCAAUCUUACGCUGCACCAAGAGGUGACGGGCCACUGCUACUGCGGUGAAUGCGACAAAUUUUUCAUCGACAGUCAAGCGCUGAACCAGCAUAUGAAUUCCCCUCGGCAUAUCGGCCAGUUCCACUGCUGCGACUGCGAUCGGGACUUUGUUAAUGAGAAUGCUCUGAAUCAGCAUUUGAGAGACAAGGUUCAUGUUAUCGACCGAGGAGCAGAUCUAAGAUGCAAAGAUUGUGACCGUGAAUUUGGAGAUGAGAGGGCGCUGCAGCAACACCGGGACUCAAUCGUUCAUCGUCCGAUUAGCAACAUCAAAUGCAUCGCACCCGGAUGUAACCGCAAAUUCAAGAGUCCGUCAUCCAUGUUGCAUCAUCUUGAGAGUGGAGGUUGUCGAUCUGGGCUGAAUAGACAUGACAUUGAUUUGUUGAUUCGUGAGAACGAUGUGGAUGGAAUCAUCACCAGUCCGGAUGAACUCAAUAUCAGUUUCAUCGAGGGCAGCAGUGGGACAUCCACGCCAGGAGAAGCCGUUUACACACCAUCCAGUUCAUCCUACGGCGACACUCCUUCUGACAGCGACUCUGAUUCUCUUAUCGGCGCACUGGAGAAGAAAUCCGGUAUCCGCUGCUACAAAUGCCCACAGAGCACGAGGGUAUUCGGGUCUUAUCAAGCACUACAACAGCAUCUCGAUUCUCCUGCACAUGCUAGUAUCAUCUAUCACUGUCCAAUAUCGCUUCUGCCUGGCAUAUCCUCUUCUUCGAAAUUGAGAAAAUCAUUCUCUACAUUGAGUGGACUUGCGCAGCAUUUAGAAAGUGGUGCAUGCAAAGAUGGACUGAGUAUGCUGCGCGUCACGGCACGAUACGUAGAGGAUAGAUUGAAGGAGAUGGGAUGGAAGGGGAGUCUUCUUAUUCGCUAAUGUCCAGUAUCUCACUGUUUGUCGGUGUUAUAUUCGUUUUCUAGGAAUUAUACUCUCUAUACUCCACCAUUUUCAUUCUUCUCAAUCUCCAGCAACUGCCGUCCAAGAUCUGCCACUGUUUCUUCCAAGUCCCUAAAUUCCACUCCAAGUAUCUUUCUGACCCUGGAAUUAUCACACGUGUACGCACCCGGAGGUAGAGAGCUAACCCCAGUCUUACCAAGUGGCACACGCUCAUCCAGUUCACCAAAGUUCGUUCUCAAAACAUCGCAAACAUCCUGAAAGCUGAACUGGCUUGCGCAGGCAAUGAAGCGCUUAUUUCCUGCCUCCGGUACAAGCAUCGCCUGGACUUGGAUGUUU